GGCAGCCAUAUUAUUAGUGAGGUGUCAGUAUUGUCUGAACGUGACGGGAUUUUUGGGUGUGGAACGUACAAUUUCCUGUCGUUUUCUGUCGCGGUAUAGUGCAAGUGCCACCGGUCUACUGUGAAUGUGUGGCACAUGUGUUUUAGGAUACGUAUCUUAUAAACACAAUAAUACGGAUAGUUUUACUGUUUAGCACGGGAGAACACAGCUGCCACAAUGCCGAAAACGAUGAACGUCAGGGUGACGACGAUGGACGCCGAACUGGAGUUUUCGAUCCAGCAGACGACCACUGGAAAGCAACUUUUCGACCAGGUUGUAAAAACGAUCGGACUGCGUGAGGUGUGGUUUUUCGGACUGCAGUACACCGACAAUAAGGGCGACCUGACAUGGAUCAAACUGUACAAAAAGGUCAUGAACCAAGAAGUCAAGAAGGAGACUCCAUUGCAGUUCAAAUUCCGCGCCAAAUUCUAUCCCGAAGAUGUUGCGGAGGAAUUGAUCCAAGAUAUUACAUUACGGCUCUUCUAUCUUCAGGUGAAAAAUGGUAUCCUCACGGAUGAAAUAUAUUGUCCUCCGGAAACAUCUGUCCUGUUAGCUUCUUAUGCAGUCCAAGCAAGACACGGAGACUUCCAAAAAGGAAUUCACACUGCUGGUUUUUUAAUAAAUGAUCGCUUGCUGCCGCAACGUGUCGUGGAUCAACACAAAAUGAGCACAGAGGAAUGGGAAAGUUCGAUCACGAAUUGGUGGCAAGAACAUCGCGGCAUGUUACGCGAGGAUGCCAUGAUGGAGUAUUUGAAAAUUGCUCAGGAUUUGGAAAUGUAUGGAGUGAACUAUUUCGAAAUUCGUAACAAAAAGGGCACGGAUCUGUGGUUAGGUGUUGACGCUUUAGGUUUAAAUAUAUAUGAGAAGGAUGAUAAGCUGACUCCUAAAAUCGGUUUCCCAUGGUCCGAGAUCCGAAAUAUCUCGUUUAACGAAAAGAAGUUUAUCAUUAAACCAAUUGACAAAAAGGCACCGGACUUUGUAUUUUUCGCGGCGAGAGUUAAGAUUAAUAAACGAAUUUUGGCACUCUGCAUGGGGAACCAUGAACUCUAUAUGCGUAGACGCAAACCUGAUACAAUUGACGUGCAACAGAUGAAGGCUCAAGCAAGAGAAGAGAAGAUUGCGAAGCAACAACAAAGAGAAAAGCUGCAAUUGGAAAUAGCUGCAAGAGAACGUGCGGAGAAGAAACAACAGGAAUACGAAGAAAGGCUUAGAAGCAUGGCAGAAGAAAUGGAUAGGCGGCAAGCUGAAUUAAAUGAGGCUCAGGAAAUGAUUCGACGUUUGGAGGAGCAGCUGAAACAACUACAAGCUGCCAAGGAAGAAUUAGAAGAUCGUCAGAAGGAACUCACGGUUAUGAUGGAAAAACUUGAACUUUCACAUGAGAUGGAAGCGGCAGAGCGUGCUAAGCUUGAACAAGAAAUAAGAGCCAAGCAAGAAGAGGUACAACGUAUUCAAUCUGAAGUGGAGGCGAAGGAUGCAGAAGCAAGGAGACUGCAGGAUGAAUUUGAAGCAGCCAAAUUAAGGCAAGAAGAAGCAGACAGAGCAUACCAGGCUAGUACCACACCGAAUCAUCAUCAUGUUGAAGAAAAUGAAGAAGGUGAAGAAGAGGGCGAAGAUGAAGUUCCUCACGGUGACGUUACUAAAGAUCUUGCAACCGAUGAAUCGAUAAUCGAUCCCGUCGAAGAACGACGCACUUUAGCAGAAAGAAAUGAGCGCCUUCAUGACCAACUGAAGGCACUAAAGCAAGAUCUUGCGCAGUCACGUGAUGAGUCGAAAGAAACCGUUAUGGAUAAA